AUGGCUCAGCUGCUGUCCUCCGUCUGCGCGGAGACCCCGUUCAAGUUCCAGGGCCAUUCUUCUUCUUCGUCGGCGUUGUUCUUCUCCUUCUGCCGAAGGAAUAGCUAUCACAGGCCUGAGUCCACGACCAGGCGUUGGGGAUCUCGGACGCAGCCGCGCCGGAGGAGUUUCGGUGUAAGCGCCUCCUCGCGGGACUCUCUCUCCAGAGAUGAUCUGGGAGACGACUACUACUCCGUGCUGGGGCUGGUGAGUAUCCUUGAUGAUGAGUGUUUGGAUUGUGUGUUCUUCCUCCGGUGCCGUCGCCGUUUUUCUGUAUGACUCUUCUGCUCAUCGCUUCUUGACCGUCGUUUUUUUUUUGUCGGUAAAGGUUGUUCCAAAUUCACAUUCCUCGCCCGUGAUUAAACGCAUACGUAGAUACAUCUCUUCUCGGUUAUUUUUUCUCCAUGUCUAACCGCACGGCGAACGAGUUUCGGAGCUUAGUUAUGCAUCUAACAAUCCACAUCUAUCAUCCUACCAGCUCCCGGAUGCGACGCCGACACAGAUAAAGAAGGCCUAUUAUAAUUGCAUGAAGUCUUGCCACCCGGACUUGAGCGGCAACGACCCAGAGACCAAUAACUUUUGCAUGUUCAUCAACGAGGUCUAUGCGGUGAGUCUAGAGUUUCUUGGGAUGCAACUAAUGUAAAAGAACCUUCUCUCGGAACCCCACAUUUUUGCUCUCCUCUCCCACGUGAGCUAACUGUGGACAGGGGAAAGCAGGUGUUGAGUGAUCCUGUACAGCGAAUGGUCUAUGAUGAUAUCCAUGGUUACUCAGCAACAGCCACCAACCCUUUCAUGAGUGAGACUACUACCAAGGAUCACGCAUUUGUCGACGAGUUUAGCUGCAUAGGUGCAUAUCUGACCCUUCCCCACCUCAAUUCUUCUGUGCGUACUCGUCACGUGGGUCUCUCAUUUCUUUCUGCUUUGUAGCCUUUCCUUGACAAGUAGAUUCUGUUCUCAUAAGAAUUUUGUACUCGAAGAUUUCACUUAGCCACAUUAUUCCACGUUUAAUAAGAGAGACGAUACAUUGGCAGUUUCGGUGAUACCAUAUACUUUUAUUCGGGCACUUAGUCUUGUUUCCUUUCUUAAGAUUAACGCCCAUUUGGCAGGAAACAUUCAUUUAAUUUAUUGAUAAGAGAAGUUGAGACAGCAUGAAAUUUUUGUUUGCAAAUGGCAUUUGGAAGGAAUGUUAGCAUUUAAGAUUCCAUCAGGACAUAUUCAAGAGUGUAUUGAUAUAACAGGUUGCAAGAAUUGUGCAAAUCUUGCCCCAGACGUAUUCAAGAUUGAAGAGGACUUUGGGAGAGCGAGAGUUUUCUGUCAGAAUGGAAAUGUCAAUCUAGUCCAACAAGCUAUUGAGAGCUGGUGAGUGUACGCUAAGUAAUUCGGAAUAUCUAAAUAUUUUCUAACUUUAAGGUAGAAAAACUUUCGAAGUAUUUUGGAAAAUGGCUUUUCAUUGGUAUUUUUUCCUCUGCUUGAAAAUAUUUGUCAGAUUCACUCAUUGUCUGGCUAAUUCUCUCUUUUCAAAUUUCAGUCCAGUUGACUGCAUUCACUGGACAUCUGCUGCACAACUCUCUCUCCUUGAAGACGAAAUGCGCAGAGUGGAAAGAGUAAAUGUAGGAUAUUUUACUUGACCACACGUUCUGUCCUUUACGUAAAGUGUUCUUUAAUUUAUUUGUCCAAUACUAGAUCUUCAUGCCUGUUUGCAUAAACUCUGGAUUGUGCUUAAAAUUUACUGAAUGUUUUUCUGGAGCGAUAAAACUGAGAGGAUUCGUGGCAUCUUUUCAGCAUUAGAUUAGCAUUUCUCUUGAAUGCUUUAAUACGUACACAAGUGAACAGUGUCUUACAUUCUCAAAACAUCCCUAGUAUCUUUGAAUCUUUGCUUGUUCUUACCAUCAUAAGUUAAUGUUUCAGAAAAUUUCCAAAAUCCAAAUGACGGCCUUUUUUCUUUAGCCGAAUGAAUUGGUCUUUUUUUCUUUGCACAACGGAAUUGAUACCAUUGCAAAGUAGGUUGGAAGAAAAUAAUCCGAUCAAGAAAAUGAACCAACAAGAAGCAUAUCCAUAAGACGGCCUGCCACCUGGGGCCUGGAGAGUAGGAAAGCUUCAUUCUGGAGAGAGAAAGGGAGAGAGAGAGAGAGAGAGAGGACUAUGAAUUAUUAUGACUUCACAUCUUCGUUUGAUGGUGAAAAAUGACAUCAUUUUUUUUAGCAUACCUCCUUGAUCCUCAGACUUUAUAUAGUUAGAACGCUAUAAAUACGCUUUAAGUUCCAAAUUAGACUGUUAAAUUCGAUAAAAAUGCAUCCCACUCCCACUAAUGAGAGACAAUACUCACUGACCUUUUGUAUCAUGAGUUUGCCUCCUUCCCCGGAUUGCCGGCCCUUUAAGGGGAAUUAAAAUUUAAAUCCCAGGUAGAUUGUUUGACAGUAGUUCUGCUAAAAUUUACUGUGUCCUUAAAUUAAGAAAUAAAACCUACCGUUCUAUGUUUAUCAGAUGGCUCAAUUGCAACUGUACAUAAUCUUCAUAACCAUGUAUCAAAUAUCACUUUGUCUCAGAUAUCAUGGCUGUAUUCUUUAAUGCCACGUAUGCCACUUUGGCUCCGAUAAUCAUCUUUCACACAUCUGUUUUAAUAAACUAAAUACAAUAUUUUGGUUCGUUCUGUGGUUAACGAAUACCUUCAUUGUAAUUCUAUGUGCUCUUCAUAAUCAAUCGUCGUGCAUGCAACUUUGGUUUCUUUAUUACCUGGGUUCUCUUUUUCCAGACACCAUGACACGACGAACAUGGUGCUAGAGGUAGUUUUUUUUCUUUUCUAGAGGAAUAAAGAAAGAGAGUAUCACCUCCAAUGGAAAAAUUACCUGGUGGACGUUGGACAUAAAUCUUGUUUUAAUAAUUCUUCAUACAAUGGUAGGAGGUGUGCUCAUUAUUGUCUAGUUGGAGAGGUUCUUUAUGUGAUCACAUUUUAGAAAGAGUUUACUUUUUUCGUACAUGUAGCAUCCUCCACAAUGAAAAUCCAUUUGCAUUCUAACAGGUUGGUCUGAUGCUUGCGGGUAUGGGAGCGUCAUAUGAUGUCUUUAGAAUGGUAAGGAACCUUCGCUCUCUCAAACUCAUUCACUCUGUUUUCGUCACAUUCAUGUGGUAGACUGUCUAGAUUUCAAUUAGGACGCUGUCUGCAGUAAAAAGGAUUGAAGUAGUCUAAUGAAACUGAAAACCAAGCCAUGCAAUAAAAAUGCGUUUUGAAAUCCGAUUCUAACAUAAUGCUGAUGAUAAAGUUCGACCCCAUGAACUGGAAAAAUUUGGUAAACUCAAAAUACAAGAACUUGUAUUUUAUUAAAAGGUUAAAAAUACGUUGUAUCAGAAUCUGAUUAAGAAAAUUAGAAAAGCGUAAAUUCUAUGUAAUGAUUUGUCAUAAUUAGUGUUGUUUCUAGUGGAUUCUGACUACAAAAAUGAAGAAAUGUAUUAAAAAAUAUACGUGCAUGUUUCGGUCACUCAUAAUUUCAGUAAUUUCAAUGUUGUCCCCUAUGCCAGUUCAAUAAUUUCUCAAAAUGAUCCUUUAAUUUUCAUGAACCCUGAGUGAUACAGAUUUGUUUUUUGAAUGAUAAUUUAUUUUUCCUUCAAUAUCUCUAGUAAAUGUUGAUGACUUAUGCAAUAUUUCUUGGGCAACAAGAUCGCAUACUCAGCCUGAUUUUUGUGGUUCCUUUUUUUUAUGGAGUACAUUAUUUUCUUGUAUCUUUCUUUCAUUAACUUGGAAUAUUUAUUUUCAUCGGCACAUUUUUCACAUUAAUUUACUGACGCUAGGCGAGCAUCCGAUGGGAGAAACGUCAAACAAAAAUGCUGGUACGGACGAUCUCCUCUUCAUUGAACAAUCAAAUUUCAGUGUUCCUAGUUUUGAAUAUGUGCAUGAGCAAGUUCUUCAUCCUUUUGGGAGAUUCUGUAGGACAAGUCAUGUAAAUACUGUAAAUUUCUCGUCAUCUUCACUGAAGCUGAAACUUUCCUGCCUCUUGAAUUUUGCACUUAAAAAGACACCAGGAAGCAGAGGCGAGUCAUUACUGAGCAUUUCAGCCCUUUCGAGAACCAAUCAGACUUAUCUUUCCCACGUUAAUACCUUGAUCCGUGUUGAAUAAUUCCCACGUGGGUUUUGAUCCGACGUGAUUCAUGUCUGGAAAAAAAAAAAAUAUAACGAAUCAAUCAAUCUAGCUUUCUAAAGUUGGUAUCUUCCACAUGAACUCAAUUAUUGGUAUUAGGAAACAUAUGACCGUAUGUUCUCCCCUCAUUUUAUCAUAAUAAUAUUCUAUUUUUGCAUCGUUUUUUUUCGUUUUUCGAUUUAAGGAAAGUUCAAAUAUCAAGUAGAUAAGAUGCAGUCUGACAUUAUUUUCCAAAAUAGAAUAAUCUCAUUCAAUUGUCCCAUAAGGUCGCCAGCUGCAUCUCUUACCCGUGCCUAAAGCUGAUUAAUUGAUCCUUUUGGUCACCACCCGCCAUGGGUACCUACUCGGUUCUACUUCAGUUUCCGAGCUUAGAAAUGGGGGAUGACCUUUGUUCUCAGAUAUAUUUAUAGAUGUCGAAACAAAAAUAAAUAGAUUGACGAUGAUAUUCCCUUGUUGUUCGCUUGAUUCAGAUUAAUAUUUGCAUGAUUACGAGGGAUCACCUUCGUGCAGGAAAAAGUAAGGGCAAAGAUGUCAAAGAAAAAUGGGUCUGAUAAGAAGGACUCGUACUGGAACAACGUGUGGGGGAGUCGAAAGGAAUACCAGAACACAGGUAUUGCCCAUGAAGAUUGGAAUUUAAGUAAUACUAUCAUAUAAAUCCUGUUUUUGAUUUAUUUUCUUGAAAAUUUUGUAUUUUAUUAUUAUUAUUCGUUUUUGUUCUCUAUGCAACAAAAUUCGUCUGGCUCAAUGAUUUACUGUUACAUCAAGGGCCAAUGGAUAAUCUUGCUCGUUGAUUAUAGAAGCCUACUCUCUCUCUCUCUCUCUCUCUCUCUCUCUCUCUCUCUCUCUCUCUCUCUCUCUCUCUCUCUCUCUCUCUCUCUCUCUCUCUCUCUCUCUAUCUCACACACACACACACACACACUCUCAGAGUCAGAUGGGUUGUCUUACUCGUUGACAGAUGAAGAAAUAAAAGAGAGGGCGAAAAAAGCGGCAGCGGCAGCUCGGAGGUGGAGGGAGUACUCGAGAAGGGGUGCGGACAGGCCUCCCACCUACAAGCUGCCGGAAGCAGUCCCCAACAGCGAGAAGUGA